GUUCACAGAAAGAGUACUACAACAUCUGAAACAUAAGAAAAACUUAGGUAUAUAAUCAGGUGCCGCAUCAAAUUAUUAUCAAAAAUUUUCUGUUAUAUUGGUGCAGUUAUUUCAAACCUUGGACAUAAUUUUUUUAGUUAGUUUUCGAGAUGGAAAAGCAAGUCCCCCCACCAUACCAAGCAGGCCCCCCUGGUUUUGUACCACCUCCACAGCCCGGCGUGUACCCUCCAGGGGAAUACCCACCUCCACCACACGGCGGUCCACCACCUCCACAUGGUGGUCCUGUAACGGUAGCAACAGUGGUGGUAUCCGCGACUCCUACGAUGUAUGGUCCAAAUCCAGCUCAUGUAACUUGUCCUCACUGUCAUGCAAGUGUCACUACGUCAGUAGAAAAAUCAGCAAGCACCAAGACCCAUUUAUUUGCUGCUUUGCUAUGUCUACUCGGUUGCUGGCCAUGCGUAUGUGUCCCCUACUGUAUGGAUUCAUGCUUAGAAAAGAAGCAUACCUGUCCAAGCUGCAAUGCUUUUCUAGGAAGUUACACAUAAUAGACAAGCCAAUCGAAAUUUAAAAUGAUCGAUUUUUUAGCCCAUCCCUAAUGAAGAUACCAAGUUAAUAAAUAAAAAAACAACUUGUGUUGUAAAAAUGAUUAAUUUCAAGUUUAAGUACCAAAUUUCAUUGUAGGAAUUUAAUUUUUUUGUAUAGUUCAUUAAUAUACCCUACGAUAGAUAAAAAAACGGCGUCAAAGACGGCUGGGGAAUGACAAUCGAUGGUAAUUUUGGAAGGGUCAAGCUCUAGAAGUCAUUUACUUGGCCCGUACUCUUCUAUUAUAUUUUUAAUGGCGCUGACUACACGUUAGCCUUAUGUUUAUAUAAUAAAAAUAAAUUUAUAUUAAUGUUUAUUUUAUAUUGUUAAAGAUUUUUAAAAGAAAAUAUUUGUAUGUAAUGUUUUAGGAACUGUAAAAAAAAAUUAGAAUUAUACGAAUAGUAAGAA